CAGGCUCAUUGGCAAUCUCCCUACUCAUCUCUGAGGGAACACGCCGUUAGAAUCUCCUUGCUCAUCUCUAUACGCAGUAAGAAAUCAAAUAUCAUUACUGGGCUUUCGUAUCUUUAAGCUUUAGUUUUGGAACUGCUGGAACAUCAUUAGUGUAAAAAAUUGAAAACUACCAUUCUCAAAGAUAGAAAGGAUUGUAUUUCCCAAAAAUUUAAACAAUACUAUUGUGAUGCCACGAACAAAGUAUCAAAAGAAGUUAAAGAACUUGCCGGUUGAAAUAGAUGAAUGUCAAUCUUUGAUUCGAGAUUUUCAGAAACAGGGCAAAGCUCGUAUUCAAAAAUUUGAAGAUGACAGUAAAAUGGAAAUUAAGGCUCUGGAUAGCUACAUAAAAAUGAUAAUAUCUAGUAUGCCUGUUGAAUUUCUCGAGCUUACUUUAAAUGACAUACUAAACAUGGAAACAUGUGAUAAAGAAAACAGUGAUUCUACAAAUAUGAACAAUGAAGUACUUCCAGCAGCUACAGUAUCCAUCACUACACACAAAUUGAGAAAAACUGGUUCUGAUGAUGGUUAUGAUACAGAGCCUGGUACAUCAAAGACUAGGAUUAUCAGGAAUCUCUGUCGGCGAUUAAAUUUUAAUCCUUAAGAGUUUCCUAUAAAAGGAGGAGCUGAACGUGCCUUCGUUAGUCUGCCGUGACAAUUGGACCGAUGCCGAAUAAGAGGAAACAACGCGAGCUCAGAGUUCUAAUACAGUUACUACUAAGGAAUAUCACGGAAGUGAAACAUUUGAUCGAAGCUAAAAGAGAUUAUAACAGCCUUCUACGAAAUCUAAAAAAAACUUCAUCUACAUUUAAAAAAUGGAUUUCUCAACAAUUGGCAAAGUCGGCCGUAUGGAUGACUAUCUUCCGACAAAGAAAUUGGCUGAGUUGGAACCUCGAGAAAGAACACAAAAUCACCAGAAUAAGAAGAGUUCAAACCAAAUAUCGAACGGGACUGAUCCUCAAUGUAGAAGACAGCUUUUCGACGUUUCUACCUGCAAGGAUGGCUAAAGCUUUGAAUGACGACGAGGAUCUAUUGAAGAAGAUGAUGCAAGCCUGUGAGGAGAAUCGAGUCCUCAUGCGUUAUCUCGGCGGACGGUACAACCAGAUCGAGUUCCAAUGUCUAUAAACUUUGUACUCGUGCUUCAACUACUAUGUAUACGUGUUAAAUAAAUAUACAACUUAUUA